GCAACAUAGACGCCGAUGCACCCGUCACCCUGCAAGAAAAGAAAUCUACAGGAAGACUCCCAGCUCGCCGGUGAUCGAGUGGCAUGGAUGUGCCAAACGCAACCGUGGAGGCCGAGCCACUGCUCGUGCCACGCAGGUCCACCGAAGGUGGCUCGGCGGCGGCAACCGAGUCGAAGAGACUUCUCCGGCUCGCUGGGCCACUGGUCCUGAGCUUCAUCCUGCGGAACGCCGUCCAGAUGGUGUCCGUCAUGUUCGUCGGCCACCUCGGGAAGCUCCCCCUCGCCGGUGCCUCCCUGGCCUCGUCGCUCGCCAACGUCACGGGCUUCAGCCUGGUCGCCGGCAUGGCCGGCGCCCUCGACACGCUGUGCGGGCAGGCGUUCGGGGCGCGGCGGUACGCGCUGCUGGGCGUCUACAAGCAGCGCUCCAUGCUGGUGCUGGCGCUCGCCAGCCUCCCCGUGGUGCUGACGUGGGUGUUCGUGGAGCAGCUCCUCCUGGCCAUCGGCGAGGACCCGGACAUCGCCGCGGAGGCCGGCGCGUACGCGCGGUGGCUGAUCCCGUCCCUCGCCGCGUUCGUGCCCCUCACCUGCCACAUGAGGUUCCUGCAGACGCAGAGCGUCGUGGUGCCCGUCAUGGCCAGCUCCGGCGUCACGGCGCUCGCCCACGUCCUGCUGUGCUACACGCUGGUGUACAAGGUGGGCAUGGGGAGCAAGGGCGCCGCGCUCGGCGCCGCCGUCUCCUACAGCGUCAACUUGGCCGUGCUCGCUCUUUACGUCAGGCUGUCCAGCGCUUGCAAGGCAACAUGGACAGGGUUCUCCACCGAGGCCUUCUCUUUCUCUGGUCUGCGGGAGUACGCGAAGCUCGCCGUCCCGUCGGCGAUGAUGGUUUGCUUGGAGUGGUGGUCGUUUGAGCUGCUCGUUCUUCUCUCUGGGUUUUUGCCAAACCCUAAACUCGAGACUUCCGUCCUGUCAAUAUGCGUCAACACCGCUAUUCUGCUGUACAUGGUACCGCUGGGCCUUGGCACAUCUGCAAGGUGUUCGACCAUCAGGGCUGAACAGAAGAUUGGAUGUGGCAAACAGAAGAUUGGAGCACGCGUAAACCUCGGCGCCUUUUACAUGGUUGGCAUUCCAACAGGGCUGUUGCUUGCGUUUGUGUUCAACCUAAAUGGAAUGGGUCUUUGGCUUGGCAUUGUGUGCGGGAGCAUCAGCAAACUGGCGUUGCUCCUGUGGAUUGCACUGCGCAUAGAUUGGGAGAGCGAAGCUAUCAAGGCCAAGGACAGGGUCCUCCGUUCGUCAGGGCAAACAUAAUGAUGAGGGUCUCCUACCUUUGUCGCAUAAACAUAUGUCAUUUGUCAGGGAUAUUUAGUGGUAAGGAUCCGUUUGGCAUUGCUGAACCACCCAAUCUCAGUCUCAGCUCUACUUCAAAGCCUUCAUCAUGAAGUUAGAGAAGGGGAAAAAAGGCGUGCAACUUUGACGUUAACUCCAGCUACUGCCGGUCCUGCUUUUAAGGGCAUGCGUGUAUUUUUAUACUAUGUUCCAGCAAGUGUGUGUAUUUUUUAUAUACCAUCUAAUUUUUAUUGUCUCCUAUUUUACUUUUAAACUACAACACGAUAAAUAAAAAAGAAUUGAGAGAGU